AUGCAAAUGGACCGGCUUGUUAACGCCUACCUAGACUACCGAUCUCGUGAUUCUGGCGACGGCAUGCCUUCGUUAGCAUCUGUUGUAUCGAAUGAAGACCCUUCUCUCAACGCUGUCCCGGUACUCACCAACAUUGAGCUCAUCGACACUUUCUGUAGGUACCCCAACGAAACAUUGAUUUACCAUGGUUAUCUUGGUUGCGCUUCCCUAUAUCCCACUGUUGCUAUCAGUCUUCGUACCCUUGCAGCCUAUCGGCAGGCUCACCGGACUUGUCCGCGGUUCAGCCUUCAGGCGCAGUGCAAAAUGCUGUGCCACUUACAUGAUAUGCCGUAUCGACCGUAUCUCCGUGCUCAAUUUUCUGCUGUCUAUGAUGCGUUUCUCGAAAUUCUUCAUCGGGUUGAUGUAUUACUAAAGCAGGCACUCAAGCACGACACCCCCAACUGGAGGCUGUUGAAUGCGUGUCCGCCGUGUACCUACAAACUGCAAGAUGAGCCAUCGCUCCAAUUCGAAUGGUUCGCCACCAUUGACGGCAAUAAUAGCCUUAAGCGCUGGGCGUCUCAUAACUCUGUGUCUCGUGAUGACUCUCGUCAGCCAAGAACAGACUACUGGAUUGGUCGCGAUGUAGUCGACAAAUUCAAGGACGAAGUCAGGUCAAGAACAGCACUCGACAAGAAUGACGGUGUCGAUGACUGGGAAGAUAUACCCAACGAUGGAGUCCCCGGCGAGAUACCUUUCCAUUGCACUGCACGUUGGCGGAACGCGGGACCUGAACAGCGCAAGAAGAUGUUCUCGGUCUUUGAUGAAUCCGGCAUAUUUGUUGCUGCAUGCCGCCACCAAUUUGUCCUACUGGCUUGCGAUAUGAUUCGCAGCGGAGAAUUAGCGAAAUAUCCGCUCGCGAUCCUAGACCACCUAAUGACUGUAUAUGGGGAGAAUGGCUCGUGCGCUUACGACAUCGGUUGCGCAUUCUCGAAGACGUUGAGCACCAGUUCUUUGGGUCCGCGUGUGUGUGCACUCGGUCUACGCAUGAUGGUGGGUGCCUUCCACGGACAUGCACACAACCGCAAGUGCCAAUUAGACUGGCACCCCAUGUAUAUCAGUGGGACUGGCCACACCGAAGGUGAAGGAUGCGAACACAUUUUCUCGUCAUCGAACGAGCUCGCACGGAGUACGCGACACGCUAGUCGUUUCCAUCGGCAUCAAUCUAUCGAGGAACAUUUUAGUUUCUGGGACGCGGAUAAAUAUGCUGCCCUGAGCAAUUUCCUGUACAAUCACUACCGAGAAGCAGUUCACGUCAUUCGAACCCUACAAGCCGAGCUUUCCGUCAUCAAACGCGAGUUGUAUAUCGACGAUGCUGACUUCGCAAAGUUCUAUGAUGAAGAAAAGUUGUACCUCGAAGGACUGAAACAACCGCCAAUCCGAGAUCGCCUUUGCAUUCGAUAUGUCGAAGUUCUUGAUGACCUCGACUCGUGCCGUGCUGCCCUUACCACUGCUCGCAUCCGUGUUGACGCUGCUUACGGAAAGUUGCAAAAUGCAGAAGCCUUAGUGGCGCACAUGGAGAUUCAACUUCGUGUUGAGGAGCGCUGGGCUGUCGGGUGUCCCGAGUACAUGCAGUACAAAGAAGAAGCAACACUAGGCAAGUACCGAACGGCAUUGAACGAGCUCGAACGCCUUGUCGUUAUGAGGCUUUUCGAGCUCUCAAAGCUUUCUUUAUCAGGGACAGGGUAUAAACUACGUCAGCAAAUUGGGAAGGCGCUGCAGCGCCGUUCGGAGGCAAUUCGAAAUGCCAUCAACCGGUACAAUACCCAAGCUGUCGCACUUAACCCCCCUCGGCCAAAGUUGUCCUGGAAAGACAUCGCAGAGUACAGCUUCUUAGGGGAAUUCGAUUUGUUGCGUCAUUCCCGCACAGAUGUCAGGGAACAGGACUGGACAAAACCCGCUCACCGCGAAGCCACCACAAAAUAUUUCAAACUGUUGCGUGCUCAGGAAGAGGUAUCUCGUCUCAACGUCGAAAUCCGUCGAUUGCGUACGUUCAUCCACGAUGAGGAAACGGAGACGAAGAAAGUCAUUGAAGGCCUUCGAUCAUCUCAUCUCCUCGCGUCUGAGCUACACCGACAAUGGCGAAGUCGUUCAGCCAUCAAUGCAUUCCACAUUUUCCGUCUUAAUCAAAUUGAAGCCCUCCCAGGAUUCUCGGGUGUGCGUGGCGUCGGAUAUGCAGAUGCGGACAUUAUACAGCAGGAGGAGCAUGCGGACGAGAUGGAGAGUAUGGCCAGGUAUCUUGAUUCCGUGGCGGACUGA